GCGGCCACAGUUGUCAGUUACGAAGCCAGGCGGGAAGAGAAACAAGACCGGAAAAGAAGAGGAGAUAAGAGCCAAGGCGUCUGUGCCAAUACCGGACACAGAUUCUCACAGAAGACACGGGGCAGGGAUCAGAGAGAGCACAUAAGAGAUGUUCGGAACCUAAGGAGAAAAAUAGACAUGAAAGUUUGGGGGAUUUUGCAUUAGCUGGAUAGAUGCUCUGAAGCUGAUAAUUGAAUGGGCUCCUGGGUACUACCUGAAGACUGAGGAUAAUGCAAGCCCAUAAAGCUAAGUGCAUGUGAACGAGAAUCAAUCUCCCAGGGAGCGAUUUGAUGUUCAGUGGUUGGUUAUCACUGGGAGAGGCACAGUGAGUGCGGAAACUCGGUUGAUGCAAAGUGUAGUGCAGCUUUUUGCUAAGCUUUGGGCCACUCUUUAUCAUGGGCAAUGCGGCAAUGUGUAAGGCAUGUGGUUCAAGUAAAGGCCUGCGGACCAUUGGAAGUGAUCUAUCUCUGGACAGUUACUACAGUUCUGUGGCAGAUACCAUGUCAGACAGUAACACCAGCUUCCUGAGGGCAGCCAGGGCAGGUAAUAUUGAAAAGGUGCUGGAGUUCCUCAAGAGCGGACAGGACAUUUCCACAUGCAACCAGAAUGGACUCAAUGCGCUCCAUCUAGCAGCCAAAGAGGGUCACAUGGAGCUGGUGGAGGAACUUAUGGAGAGGGGUGCGACCGUCGACUCUUCAACCAAGAAAGGGAACACAGCAUUGCACAUUGCUUGUCUAGCUGGGAAGAAAGAAGUUGCGAAGUUGUUGGUGAAAAGAGGAGCAGACGUAAACUCGCAAUCACAGAAUGGCUUCACUCCACUUUAUAUGGCUGCUCAAGAGAAUCACCUGGAUGUUGUGCGAUAUCUUCUGGAGAAUGGUGGAAACCAGAGCAUGGCCACAGAGGAUGGCUUCACUCCUCUGGCCAUCGCUCUGCAGCAGGGUCAUAAUCAGGUGGUCUCUCUGCUGCUGGAACAUGACACAAAAGGUAAAGUCCGCCUGCCUGCGCUGCACAUCGCUGCCCGCAAGGAUGACACCAAGUCUGCUGCUUUGCUGCUUCAGAACGACCAUAAUGCUGAUGUCCAGUCUAAGAUGAUGGUCAACAGGACUACAGAGAAUGGAAAGAGUGGCUUUACUCCUCUGCAUAUUGCUGCUCACUAUGGUAAUGUUAAUGUGGCCACGCUGCUGCUCAACAGAGGGGCUGCUGUAGACUUCACAGCCAGGAAUGGUAUAACCCCUCUUCAUGUGGCCUCCAAACGAGGAAAUACAAACAUGAUUGCUCUGCUGUUAGACAGGGGGGCUCAGAUUGACGCCAAGACCAGGGAUGGGCUGACACCGCUGCAUUGUGCAGCCAGAAGUGGACAUGACACUGCAGUGGAAAUCUUGCUUGAAAGAGGAGCUCCAUUACUAGCACGGACCAAGAAUGGCCUUUCCCCGCUGCACAUGUCUGCUCAGGGUGAUCACGUUGAGUGUGUGAAACACCUGCUGCAACACCAGGCACCGGUUGAUGAUGUCACCCUGGACUACCUAACCGCUCUUCAUGUUGCUGCCCACUGUGGUCACUACAGAGUCACAAAAUUACUACUGGAUAAGAAAGCAAAUCCUAAUGCCAGAGCACUGAAUGGCUUCACUCCUCUGCAUAUUGCCUGCAAAAAGAACCGAGUGAAAGUCAUGGAACUGCUGGUUAAAUAUGGAGCCUCGAUUCAAGCUAUCACUGAGUCCGGCCUGACCCCAAUCCAUGUUGCAGCAUUUAUGGGGCACCUCAAUAUUGUUCUCCUGCUGCUACAGAACGGAGCCUCACCUGACGUCUGUAAUAUUCGUGGCGAGACGGCAUUGCACAUGGCUGCAAGGGCAGGACAGAUGGAGGUGGUGCGAUGUUUGCUAAGGAACGGCGCUUUGGUGGAUGCCAUGGCCAGAGAGGACCAGACACCCCUUCACAUUGCAUCUCGUCUGGGUCAGACAGAGAUUGUGCAGCUGUUACUGCAGCACAUGGCUCAUCCUGACGCUUCCACCAUUAAUGGAUACACACCUCUGCACAUCUCCGCUCGUGAAGGUCAGGUGGAGACAGCUGCAGUGCUGCUGGAGGCUGGAGCAUCUCACUCACUCGCCACCAAGAAAGGCUUCACUCCUCUACAUGUUGCUGCUAAAUAUGGUAGUCUGGACGUGGCAAAACUCCUCCUUCAGCGGAGAGCACUUCUUGAUGACGCUGGAAAGUACGGUCUCACACCACUGCAUGUAGCUGCUCACUAUGAUAACCAGCAGGUGGCGAUGAUGCUCUUGGAUAAAGGAGCAUCACCUCAUGCUACUGCUAAGAAUGGUUAUACACCUCUCCACAUUGCAGCAAAGAAGAACCAGACACAGAUUGCCUCUGCACUGCUUCAGUAUGGAGCAGAGACCAAUGCAUUGACCAAGCAGAGAGUGAGUCCUUUACACCUGGCAUCCCAGGAGGGGCACACAGAGAUGGCCUCCCUGCUGCUGGAGAGGGGUGCACAUGUCAGUGCUGCCACUAAGAGUGGCCUUACACCUCUGCACCUCAGUGCUCAGGAGGACAGAGUGCAGGUGGCUGAAAUACUGGUCAAGCACGAUGCAAACGUGGACCAGCAGACCAAAUUGGGUUACACUCCUCUUAUAGUUGCCUGUCACUAUGGAAAUGUCAAAAUGGUUAAUUUCCUUUUGCAAAAUGGUGCUAAUGUCAAUGCAAAAACUAAGAAUGGCUACACACCACUUCACCAAGCUGCUCAGCAGGGAAAUACACACAUUAUCAAUGUCCUGCUGCAGCAUGGAGCCAAGCCUAAUGCAGUCACUAUGAAUGGGAACACGGCGCUCUCUAUUGCUAAGCGUCUGGGGUACAUCUCAGUGGUGGACACUCUGAGAGUUGUUACUGAGGAAAUAAUCACAACGACAACCACGGUGACAGAGAAACACAAGCUGAACGUUCCAGAGACAAUGACAGAAGUUCUGGAUGUGUCUGAUGAGGAGGCCCAACAUCAGAUGGAGGAGGAACUUUUUACUGAAGUCUCUUUGGGGAUCGAAGGUGAGGACACAAUGACAGGUGAUGGAGGGGAAUACCUGAGAGCAGAGGACCUGAGAGAGCUUGGAGAUGACUCUCUACCUGGACACUACCUGGACGGCAUGAGCUACACCCAUAACUUAGACCGGUCACAUGAGACCCCCAGUCAUCUUGCUUACAGGGGUGAAGGAAUGCUGAUUGAGGAUAUGAUCACCAGCCACCAGCUUAAUAAGGUUUCUGCAUUCUCUCGAGAACAUGAGAAGGACUCAUUUCGACUGAGCUGGGGUGCUGAACAUCUGGAUAAUGUGGUGCUAACUAGCACUCUUCUGCAGUCAGGCCGAUCCACCCCAUGCCUUGACAAUGACAACAGCAGCUUCCUGGUCAGUUUUAUGGUGGAUGCCCGUGGUGGAGCCAUGCGUGGCUGUCGUCACAAUGGACUACGCAUUAUUGUGCCACCUAGAAAGUGCUCAGCACCUACACGGGUCACAUGUCGUCUGGUGAAGAGGCACAGGCUGGCCUCUAUGCCCCCUAUGGUGGAGGGAGAGGGGCUCGCAGGCAAGCUCAUUGAAGUUGGACCCACCGGAGCCCAGUUUCUUGGUAAACUCCACCUCCCAACAGCCCCUCCUCCUCUUAAUGAGGGUGAAAGUCUUGUCAGCAGAAUUCUGCAGCUGGGUCCACCCGGCACCAAAUUCCUCGGGCCAGUGAUAGUGGAGAUCCCACACUUUGCUGCCUUGCGUGGGACGGAGAGGGAGUUGGUGAUUCUGCGCAGUGAGACAGGAGAGAGCUGGAGAGAGCAUCACUGUGAGCAUACAGAAGAGGAGCUGAAUCAGAUUCUCAAUGGCAUGGACGAGGAGCUGGACCCUCCUGAGGAGCUGGAGAAAAAGCGAAUCUGCCGCAUCAUCACACGGGAUUUCCCACAAUACUUUGCAGUGGUGUCCCGCAUUAAGCAGGACAGUCAUCUGAUUGGUCCAGAGGGUGGGGUGUUAAGCAGCACCCUUGUUCCACAGGUCCAGGCUGUGUUCCCAGAGGGAGCAUUGACUAAACGGAUACGCGUUGGGCUACAGGCCCAGCCAAUCAGUGAGAAUCUGGUGAGGAAGAUCUUGGGGAACAAGGCUACAUUCAGCUCUAUUGUUACUUUGGAGCCCAGAAGACGGAAGUUUCACAAGCCCAUCACCAUGACUAUUCCUGUCCCUAAAAGCCCAAGCAGUGACGGGACAAAAAGUACCCCCACUCUACGACUAUUAUGUAGCAUUACGGGUGGGACAACUCCAGCACAAUGGGAGGACAUAACUGGAUCCACACCGCUAACAUUCAUCAACCAGUGUGUUUCAUUUACCACUAAUGUGUCAGCAAGGUUCUGGCUUAUAGAUUGCCGUCAGAUCCAGGAGUCUGUGAACUUCUCCAGCCAGCUUUAUCGUGAGAUCAUCUGUGUUCCCUAUAUGGCCAAGUUUGUCAUCUUUGCCAAGACAUUGGACCCUAUAGAAGCACGACUCCGCUGCUUCUGUAUGACGGAUGAUAAGAUGGAUAAAACUCUGGAGCAGCAGGAGAACUUCACUGAAGUGGCUCGUAGUCGAGAUGUCGAGCUUCUAGAGGGAAAGCCAAUCUUUGCUGACUGCUUUGGAAAUUUGGUCCCACUGACCAAAAGUGGACAGCACCAUGUGUUCAGCUUCUAUGCCUUUAAGGAAAACCGUCUUUCUCUCUUUAUCAAAAUUCGUGACAGCACUCAAGAACCAUGUGGUAGAUUGUCUUUUACAAAAGAACCAAGAACAUAUCGCAGUCUAAACCACAGUGCAAUAUGCAACCUGAACAUCUGCCUACCUGUUUACUCAAAGGAAUCAGAUUCUGACCAAGAUGCAGAUGAAGAGAGUGAGAAGACACAUGAGCAAUAUUAUGAUGGAUCUGAGUCAACAGAGCUUUCCAUGCUGCAAAUCAUACAUGAUCCUGCCACACUCGCAAGUCCAGAUAUACUUUCAGAGGUUUCUGAAAUGAAGCAGGACCUGAUUAAAGUGUCAGUCCUUCUGACCUCUGAAAAGUCAGAACAAUCAUGCUCCUCGGAUCCUGGAGAGCGAUCAGACAAGGCUGGGGAUGAGGAAAUGGAUGAGCCAUUUGAAAUUGUUGAAAAAGUGAAAGAGGACUUAGAGAAGGUAGAAGAGAUUCUUCGUGAAAGAACAACGGAUGAUACGAAGGGGGAAAGUGCUAUUGUGAGAUCUGUAAAGAUUGAUGAUGAGGAGUGGGUACUGCUCAGUUUGACAGAUGUAGAGGAAUCCAUAACCAAAAAUAUCACUGAAAUCCAAGAGUCACUCAUUCAAGACGUUCAAAUCGCAAGAGACAUUAUAUUCAGUUCUCCUCCUCAGAGGGAUAUUUCAGGUAUGAUUUCAUAUCUCAGCAGUGACUUAGAACAGUGUCUGCAGGAACCGCCUGUACCAUUUAAUGAUCCACAAGAUGUGGUUAGUGUUCAAGAAAGUUUUAAAGAGGUUGUUGUGACACGUGGUAAACACAGUCCAGCAAAAAUCAAAAAGCCAGCCAGGAGAAAGCGUAAAGAGAGGGAGUUUGCAAGCGGCAGUUCAGAGGAUGACUUGGAAAGGAUGAGUAGGAGUCAGUCUGAGGAGUCGCUUGAUGAAGAUGCAGUUAUCGGUGGAUCUGAACCUGUCUUUGGACCUGUUCCUGUGUCUCCUAGAGUUGUAGAAACUCCGAUUGGAUCCAUUAAGGACAGGGUUAAGGAACUGCAGAAGAAGGUUGAAGAAGAGAAUAAGGUGGACAGUCAAAAGUGGAAAUCCCAAAAAGUGAGUACUUCCCAGAGUAAGCUAUAUGUCACAGAGACAGAAAAAUCAGCCAGUCUUCCACCAAAAUCCCUCAGAUCCCCAAAGUCACAGACGGAACAGCUAGAGGAAACUAUGUCUGUGAGAGAGCUGAUGAAGGCUUUUCAGACUGGCCAGGAUCCAUCGAAAAGCAAGUCUGGACUUUUUGAACAUAAAGCAAUUGUGACUGGAACCUCUGAAGCAGCACAUUCUGAUAAUAUACAAGUUCCCCCAACAUAUGAUAGCCAAAUGACAGUACCAACUCAACAUUUACAAGAAAGAACAAUUACAACUGUAACCUCUGAAAUGACAAGUCCUAAUGUGGUGCAGAUUCCUCCAACAUAUGAUAGCCAAUUGACAGCACCAACUCAACAUUUACAAGAAAUAACAAUUACAACUGUAACCUCUGAAAUUACAAGUCCUAAUGUGGUACAGAUUCCUCCAACAUAUGAUAGCCAAAUGACAGUACCAACUCAACAUUUACAAGAAAGAACAAUUACAACUGUAACCUCUGAAAUGACAAGUCCUAAUGUGGUGCAGAUUCCUCCAACAUAUGAUAGCCAAAUGACAGUACCAACUCAACAUUUACAAGAAAGAACAAUUACAACUGUAACCUCUGAAAUGACAAGUCCUAUUGUGGUCCAGAUUUCCCCAACAUAUGAUAGCCAAAUGACAGCAUCAACUCAACAUUUAAACGAAAUGGCAAUUACAACUAUACCCUCUGAAGCAAAUUCUGAUAUUAUGCAGGUUCUUCCAACGUAUGAUAAGCAAAUUAUAGAAUCAACCCAGUAUUUACAAGAAAAAAAUGUAGUAGAAAACAAGAUCCUUCAAGAAUCAUCACAUAUUGACCAAAACACAAUUCAUCAUAAACCAAUGGUCGAUGAUGGUGAAGCAGUACAUGAAAAACCACCGAUGAUCAUCCAAAUCGAAGGUGAUCAAGCUGUAACUUCCAACAUUAUCUUUAACUUUGAAGACAAAAGUUCUCCAGAAGACCUGCUCAGUAAACAUACAACAAAUGACCAAAAUAGAAAAUCACCUCUGGAACCAGAAACUGAGGAACAACAAAUAUGUCAUGAUAUAUUAAGUAACGAAGACCCGCUGUUGAUACAUGAGGGAAUAUAUUAUGAAGAUAACAGGAGAUUGUCUGUGGAACCUCAGAUAAGCCCAGACAGGAAACCAUCAGAGGAUUUCAGUGCAGAUAUUAAGGCAGAACUUGAGGAAAAUCCUGAAUAUCUGCGCUUUAGGCGAACUUCAGGUAAAGCAAGUAAACAUUAUUCAAUGUGUAGUGAUGGCCUUACUUUGGAAGAUGAGGAGCAGAUAAACCAGGCAACAGUGGAUCCAAGUAAAUCAAACAUAAUCACUGCCUUUGCUACUGCAAUGGUGCAAAGUGAACCCUUAUGUCAAAGUGAAAUACUUGUUGGAGCAUUGGAAGAAAGUCCUGAUAGUGACAAACACGAGGCCUUGACAGACUCUCCUGGCAAUAGUAUAGGGACAAGGACUCCUCACUCCAGCACAGGUGAUAGUGAGAAGCAUGAAGGACUUGCUGAAACCCCUCAAAAUUGGCCUGAAGUCCUUGUUUUUUCUUCCAGUACAACUAGUAAAGAAACAAAAGACAAAUAUCCAGGGGGUCAGGAGACUACUCACCAAACAAGUUCAACAUCACAUGAAAGAGCAGAGAGUGACAAGAGUGAAUUAUAUUCCGUAACCUCCAUAAAAAGCAAGACUGAAUCACCUUAUGAUUCUAAGAUCGAAUCAUCUUCUUCAUCCACCAAUAUUGAGUCACCGUCCUCUGCUAAUUCAAGCCAUCACAGUCAGGAUGUACCAGAGAGACCUUCUAGUUUAGAUUCUCUGCAGCCUGCAACCAUGAGUGAUACUAAAACACUCUGUAGAACAGACUCGCUUGAGACUACUCCCAUCAGAGAAGAUGGAUCAUCCCAAAAAUCCCCAGACUCUAUUGAGCCAAGCCCAAUCAAGGAGUCCCCAUGUCAAGACUCUUUAGAGGGAAGUCCCACUGGUCAAGAAUCUGAAAGGGUCUUCUCAAGAAGUCAGGCUUUCAUUUCUGACUCCGGGGAAAAAGAAAGAAUUUCUAAACAAAACAUUUAUUUAGAAAGUGAGUCAUCCCAAGGUUCCCAGGAGACCUUAGAUAUGCAGUGCAUUUCCAUGACCCUGGAGCAAAAAGAAAAGGUGAUUGAUAGUGAGGAUCUUUAUGACUUUGAUGAUUUACAAAGGCAAUUCACUCCAGAAGAAGAGAUGUUUAAGAUGGCUGCAAAGAUCAAAACAUUUGAUGAAAUGGAAAAGGAUGCAAAAGUUAAAAAGGUAAAAUUUGAUUUUGAUUUUGAUUGUGAUUCUAAACAAACAAAAGAGGAAGAAGUGCUGUCACCACAUAAAAGUUCACUAGACUUUAACACAAAGUUAACCAUAACAUCAGAAGAGCAGUACUUGGAGAACUCUGUUGAAUCUGUCCCGGUAUUACCUUCCUCUUUGUCAGAUGAUGAUUAUGACAGUCCUGAGCUGGAUGAAUCAACUCACAAGGUCUCAGGAGAAACUACUGAGGUUUUAGAGACCACAGACAAAAUUGAGCAGGAACAUACUCAUUUAAAGAUUGUUGAUUUACAGGCAUCCAUACCAUCUAUGAAAAUGCAUGUAGAGAACGAGGAUGAAGACUAUGAACCGUUAACUUCAGAUUACCAUAGUAUAGUGAUAGAAGAGACUACAACUAAGGAGGAUCUCAUUAUUACAUCAGCAGAGAGCAAAAUGAGCAUUGAGAAGGAUGGUGAUGCUGAUUCUAUGUCUAUUGGUCAGAGCACAACUUCUGAAAAAGUGCUUUCUCCCAUCGACAAUGUAGGUGCCGCCACUGUCACAAAGGAAGUGCAUGAUGAAUCCCAGCCAGAUUUAUGUAUUUAUCAAAAGGACAAUGAAGAGAAGCCAGAAGAUAUCCCAGUGUCUAUUCCAAGAGACUUGGUUCCCUGGAGUGCUGAAGUGGAAGACGAUGAGGCAUUUGAUGCAAAAAUUGAGGCUGAAGAGCAGAAAAUACUUGCUUUGUGUAUAGACAGACAUUCCGAUGGAACCACACCUGACACAACUCCAGGACGAACUCCUACUGAAGAGGGGACACCAAAUCCUUUCCUCUUCCAAGAGGGAAAGCUAUUUGAGAUGACCAGAGGUGGUGCUAUUGACAUGACCAAAAUGAACAUGGAGGAGGAAGAAGAAAGGUUAGUCUUUUUUCCAAUAAAUGAAGAUCCAAGUGAAGAAUUUGAGCAAAACAAUUUCAGUUCUAGUGAGUCUGAUGCAGUAGCUUCAGUUGAGAUGCCUACAGAUGGUUUAGUUCAUCAAGACAGACUUACUGAGGAACCUGAUGGCUUUAGUAAAACUGGAACCAAAAGUCUUCAACCAGAAUAUCCUGAACAGAAUUAUUUUCCUAUCCAAAGUGAACCAAUGAGUCCCACAGAAGAUAAUGGAAUCUGUGAAGACACAUUAAUACCGAAUGUUGACACUGCCGCUUAUACAGUAACACGAACAGUUUAUUCUGAGCAAGACCCGGAAUCCUCUGACUCUUCAGCGGAAGAUGAACAGCAUUCUGUUGUUGAAAUGACUAUAUCCACCCAAGCAUCUACAAUUUCCCCUAGUGUCUCAGUUCAUACUGUUAUUCAACAGCAAUUCCAGACAUCACCUUCAAUGCACACUCCAUCCAAGGACCUUGUUGCUGAAAUUGAAGACACAACAUCUAAACCAAAAAUAGUUGUGAAAGCAGCCAGCUUUGACCAAGUUUUAGGACAAGGGGACUCCAUUGAACAGAAUCAAAGGCCUAAAUCUGUAGAAGAUAUCGGUUACUCAGAAUGGUCAGUGUCUGUUAUGGAUGAUCACACUAAAAUAGACAGCAGCUACACUAAACCUAAUACUUCAUCCUCCCAGAUGCCUGUUUCACCGACACAGUCUCCUACCCUACAAUAUGCUGUAUCCAGUCAACCUGAACUUCCUGCUGAAUUCUCUCAGGAUUUGGACUCUUCAAGGAGCACAGAGCAAGAUAAAACCAAAGGAGAAAGAGCUUCUGUUGAGUUAGGGAUAGAAAGUAGUUUGAAAGCAAUUCGACCCCCAUCUGUAGGGGAUGAUGUCUUUGAGUCAAGGCCCAACUGGGAAGAUUGUGUGGAGACACAGAUGCAGAGAAUCUCAGACAGCACUACCCCAGACCAAAGUAAAGUGGACUGGCAUGAUGAUGCAGAUAGGAAAGAAGAGACUUUGGCCAUCAUUGCUGACCUUCUAGGUUUUAGUUGGACAGAGCUGGCCAAAGAGUUGGAGUUUAACGAAGAUGAGAUUCAGCAAGUGCGUGCUGAAAACCCGAAUUCACUACAAGAGCAGAGUCAUGCUCUUUUACAGCGCUGGGUAGAGAGAGAAGGAAAGCAUGCCACUGAAGAUACAUUGAUUAAAAGACUGACUAAAAUAAACCGCAUGGACAUUGUCCAUCUUAUUGAGAUUCAAAUGCACAAGUCAGUUCAGGAGCAAACCUCAAGAACAUAUGCAGAGAUUGAAAGGACUCUGGACCACAGUGAAGCUCUCUCCUCAGUCCAAGAGGAUGGUGACAGUCUUCAGGUGGUGCGGAGAGUGGAGACCUCACAAAGACAUCCUCCAGCUGUGUCAGAAGAAGACUUAUCUGUGGCCUCUCUCCUUGACAUUCCAUCGUGGGCUGAAACAAUGGCAAACACCCAUUCAGAGAGCAUUCAUGGGGAUAUGAUAGAAGAAUUGGAGAUCAUCCAGGACAGCUUCACCAAUCCAUGGCUGUUUCAAGAGGUCAAAAAAGAAUCUACAAAGGAAGAUGCAGAUGAAGAAGUUUCUGCUGAAUCUGAGGAGGAAAUUCAAGCUCAGUGUGACUUUUCUGACCAUGAAAAUGCUUGUCUUUCAUCAUCACCAAUCAUUGUGAACAGUCAGUCAGAAUUCCAACAAAAAUCAACAAAGUCUUCUCAGAAUGUAUUUGAUUUCAGUCAGGUAUCUAUUGUGAGAUUUUCUUCAAGUGAAAAUUCAGUUUUGUCAUCAGUUGACCCAGAACACACAGUACCUGACCUACUGCAACACACUUCACCAGAGAGUCAAGAAGAAACAACGCAACUCCAAGAUCAAAAGUAUCAAGAUGAAAGUUCUGUGUGUCUUGAUCAAGUGUCACCUGUAUAUGAAAAAAGUGAUUUAGAAGGCAAUGAAAAAUCAGUAGAAGCGCAUAACUUUGAAUCUAAUGACACCAUGGAGUCUUCUUCAUGUCAUGAAAGCAAAUCAUUUGAAGUUGAUAUAUCGGUUACUGAGAGCAAUCAAAUAGUAGGCCAAAAUAUUAGUCCAUCAUUUACCCCUCAUGCUCUUGAAAGAGAGGCUGAUGAAGCUGUCUCACAAAGUGUUGAAGUGAAUCCAGGGGUUUGGAGAUUGACUCCAGACCUCAUUAAGGGCUCUCCAGAAUCAGAUCAGGUCUUUCUUACCCCAGAAAUGCUUAGUGGUUUGGAUCCAACACCAUCAUUGCAAAGCCAUAGAGUAGAAAAGCAAAAUUUAGUUGAAUCCUCUCCUACAGUUGACUCUUCAUCACUGCCAUCAUCUACCCUUCACAAGGUCACAAUUUUAAAUCAAGAACAAUAUAAUACCAACAGCUCCCCACAGCAACCUUCAGAGCCUGAAGUUGAUCCUAGGAUAGACCAACAAACUGAUUCCCAGGAAAAACUUAUGCAACUAUUGGAGUCUCCAGACCAAAAGCCAGAAACCUUUGCAGACCAUUGUGGUGAUCAGGAGGAUGAAUAUAGUCCUGAGGAGGGAAAAGUAUGUACACAAUUGGAUUUAACUACUGAACCUCUCAUAGAUGACAGUCAUGACUUUAAGAUAGAACCUAGGUUCCAAUCAGAGACCGACUCGGACAUGUGGAUUCAAAGUGAAACUCCACAGCUGAGUGAAACUUCCCCUUUCUGUAAUUCUGACCUCAGUCCACAAACACCAGAAACAGUCAUAACUCGUCCACAUUUUGACUUUAGUGAGAAGUCUUCUGAACUUGGAUCAGCAUAUAUUAAGAAAACUGUUUCACAGGAGGCAGUGGUAUCCAAAGGUUUAAGACGACUGCAUUCUGAAUCAAUAAUUUCUAGUGCAAACCACCAUUCAGAAGAAAAGCAUAUUGACCGGUGUCUCUCAGAGUCCUCCAAACCUUUGAUGCUCACUCUGAACAUAAAUCCAGCACUUAAGGAACCUCUUUCCCAGGAGGAAGUACUAGCUCCGCCACUCUCACGGGAUGGCAGAGACAAGACCUUAACUUCAAAAGAUUCCAGAAGACUGCUGUCAGACUCAGUUAUGUCUGGUGCAACAUCCCAAAAGUCUGAGGAAAAACACUCUGCCCGUUGUCUUUCUGACUCUUCUGAACCCUUGGUUUUCAGCAUGAAUUCAGUGCUUGAGGAACUUACGAAAACAGUUCAACCAGAACAACCAUUGUCUGAUCAACAAUUCAGCUCCGAGGCGACAGUUUCAUUAAUUCUUGGUCCAUCCCAAGACACAUUCAUAGGGAAGCAGCAAUCAAUGGUUGAAAAAGCAUCCAUUGAGUCACCUAAAUCUCAAAAUGAACUGAGUGAAAAUGUAAAAUUAGAAGUCACCGAUGUGCCAAAACCUGAAAAAGUUGAAAUAGCAAAACUCAAUGAUUUACUAAACAUUGAUCAACAACAUGAUGAGUCUGAUCCUGAGACUUUUUUCGACUGCAAACAGACUACCUCAGACUAUUCUGAAGCAGAAGAAAACGAACUUGGGAAAGGAGCCAUGGCGCUGAGUAAUAAAGUCUUAAGGUCUACUGCUCAUGAAUUACAACAACAUCCAAAGGUCAAAAGUCCCUCAGGAUAUAAGUCAUCCCAUGAGAGCCUCCAAUGGUCAAUCAGGUCAUCAGAAAGUGAAGAUUUUGAGGAUUCUCACAUUAUCCAUGAACCUAAUGAUGAUGCUGAGGAAAAAGACGUUUACUUUCCAUGUCAGCUGAAAAGUUUGGAAUCAUCUGCACAAACUCCUCAGGAACUUCCUCCUCGAGGAGGGGCUGAGUAUAAUGAUGAUGAUGAUGAUGAUGAUGAUCUGAGGAGGGAGAUUGAUGUGGCAUUAGGUGUGCUGUCGGAUAGCUCUGAUGAGGAUGUGGUGACCACCAGAGUGGUGCGAAGGAGAAUAAUUAUUCAGGGUGAUGAUGUUCUAGAUGUUCCUCCACAGUCUGUAACAGAAGAGCAAUACACAGAUGCACAGGGAAACUUGGUUGUGAAGAAGGUGACCAGGAAGGUCAUUCGACGAUGUGUGUCAUCUGAUGGGGUGGAGACAGAGCAGGUGAGGAUGGAGGGCACCCCCCAGCAGCCUGUCAAUGUGGCACCGGGAGAUGGAUACUCAAAAGUAAAAAAAAGGACAGUACUGAAGAGCGAAGGACAUCAGACAGAGGUGACGUUCCAUGAGCAAGAUGUCAUGUCAUCUUCAAAGGGUGAAUCUUCUGUAGGUCAAGAGGUCAGACAGGUGGUCCAGAUGACAUUGGUACAUGGAGAACAGCUAGAAAAGCAUGAGGGGGAUCCUUAUCUUGCCUCAGACCUGCCCUCAGCCCGGGAGGACUUCACCCAGGCUCUAAGCUACUUUGGAGGUUUUAGGAAGGUGCAGAUUCCUCGAGUGGUAGAGCAGGAAAUACAGCAGCCUGAUGGAUCUGUGAUCAGGAGGACGAGGAUGCAGAAGUCUAGGACCCACAGGAGAUCAGUACUGAGGGAUGCUGGGGGACAGAAGCGGGUGUGCGUGGAGCAGAUAGACGAUCAGUCUGAGCCCCAUGACAACCUACAGCAUCACCUCCAUCACCUCAUUCACCACUACUGUGCCCAAAACGACAGAGAAGAAGAGGAGGAGGAAGCCGGAGAAGUCUGAGUGAUGGGUUUUCCCCUUCAUUUCCUCUCCCUAUCUCCAUCGCUCGUCUCUUUGAGCCUGUCUGCUCUCCUAACCACUCCUAUGCACCAUGCUCAUGCAAUCCCAGAGUGCACUUCACUCCUGCCACUUCCAGUCUUCCUGUCCAGUCAAACUGGAUGUUUGCCCGGUUUGUCAAUGGACAAUAUUUACUCUCUCCUUAUUUUCCCUAGUUUACCACAAGUGUUUCUGUCUUUCAUUGUGACCAAAUGGUGUUCUUUCCUUUCCUUUCCUUUCCUUUCCUUUCCUUUCCUUUCCUUUCCUUUCCUUUCCUUUCCUUUCCUUUCCUUUCCUUUCCUUUCCUUUCCUUUCCUUUCCUUUCCUUUCCUUUCUUAUCCCUAGUUAUAACACCAAUGAACACACACACAAAAAUCACAAUAACCAAAAACAUUUUUAUCAAAAGCGAGAGAAAAAAAAAGACCACAUCAUGACAUGCUAUUUUGAUCUCAACGGUUGAGAUGUCUGAAAACUUCUUGCCUUCUUUAUCAGCUGUUGAAGUAUCGUGUGUCUGUGUAUUCUAUCCAUGGAGAGUAUAUAUAAUAUGCAUUUUUAAAAUGACAGUAGAUCACAUUAGCCACCUGUAAGGAUAUUAGCAGGCAUGCUUAGCUAGCACCAGUCACUUAUUAAUAACAGACUCUUUCUGUGGUUAGACGACUGUCAUUUUUCUGUCUUUUUCGUCUCACCUCCCUCUUUUGUGUCUGUGAUCUGUAGCAAUUCUAGUCGUCAUUAUCAUCAUCACAUUUCAGUGCAGCUUUUUGUUGUAAUAGAACACACUGACAUGCGCUUUAUGGUUUUAAACUCACCUUAGCAAGCGUUUCGAGAGGGACUCAGAAAGCAAAGGUAGAAUCAAAUUCAAGUAAUCAGUUACACAUAUUCUAUUCUAUUUUUACCUUUCAAUCUGCAUUUAUUCCUUACGUAUGUUUUUAAGUGAAUGUGUGUUAAAUCAGAAAUGUGAUUUUUAUUUUCAAAUUAUAUUCAUUUUGUUCUGUACAUAUUUCUCAAUAUCAGUAUGUGUCAAGGAAUCUUGCUCUGGGUAUUUAUGAUGGUGAAUGCUUUUAAAAUCGUACUGGUAUCAGAAGUGAGCAUAAGGGAUGUAUGUUUCUUUUUUUAAGAAUGUUUUAUUUGGAUGUAUUUAGUUUAUUAUACAUAAGUGGGAAUAUUUUCUUUAUGACUCACCAAAUCACAGGUUGGCUUCAGUUGAGACUGUUGGGAAGGAGAGCGUACCAUGUGAUAUUCAAAUGACUUUUCCUUUUAACUGCAGAAUAAUACAGCUGUGUUAGCAGAGGUUGUUUUUUUGCUUCUGAUCUGAGGCCAGCUCUGCUUUUCCCCCCUUAUAAUAAUUUGUGUUUGGGGAAACUGGCCCUGGAACAGCAUGUCAAAAGUCAUCCUCUGAACUGAGCAAUGUCAUUAAGUUGAACACUGCUACUACUUUCACUGUGACUGGCCCAUGUUUGAUUUACUGAAUCCGCAUUCUAUGUCUGUGGAGAUAAGAAUAUGCAUAUAUAUAGUACAUAAAUAUCUAUCCAUAAAGGCAUGUAUUAGUUUGCUAUAUGACUUUUAAAAAAGACAUUUAAACACUAUACCUUUGCUGCAGUGUGUGUAUAUGGCUGAAAAGAGAAUAAAAGUGUAUAAGUGUCACACUACGUUCAUUAUUUAAUGGUUGUGUGCAAAGAUAAAUCUGAAACAUGACGUCGUGCUUACAGUACAUAUCACACCUUUAUUGUAUUUUUCAUUAAAUAUGGUGAUUUGCUAGCGCCACCAUUGCAACAAAUUAUGUCGUUCACAUCCUCAUAUUAGCGUUGAGGUUCUGUAAGUAUCAGCAGAGGAAAUGUCUUUAAGAAGAGAAAAAGGAACACGGAGAGAACGGAAAAGCAGGGUGUUGGCAUAGUCCAGUAGUGGUGAGGUUUAUCCUCAAGGAAGACCGUUCCAUUCCGUAAUCGCCUUCUUUGACAUCAUCUUCCGAUUGAGUGGCGCACAGAGUCGCCACUAGGGGCAGUGUGCAUGCUUGUAAAUCAGGCUCGGCUCAAUUUCGCUCCUCUUGCCAUGGGCAAAAAUAAUGUUGGGAUAAAUAAAAAGCUAAAAUAUGUGUAAAAAUGAUACAUGUAGUUUCUCAUAAGCUACUUGUAUUUCUUUUUCUCAUACAGCCAUGAUAUAAAGUCAAAGGAUAAUAUUUUCACAGCCACUCAAUAAGUAAAAUUAAGCUACGUCAAUCUGAAAUUAGAGUGAUGCUUCUAGAUAUGUUGGGUCGUAAUGAUGAUAAUCUUUAUUAUUAUUACCACAUCAGAUCCUUAUGAUAUUGAUAGAUAUAAACAAUUUGAUAAGGAAACCAUGAAUUACACAACAUAAACAAGAGCAAAAAGAAAAAAAAUUAUAGCAUGGUCACUCAAAAAAAAAAA